AUGGUUGGUGUCAAGCCAACUCCCCGUCUCCCUCCGCCAGGGAAGGCCGGGAUUCGACGGCCGCCAGUCGAGCGUCUAGCAAGCUUGAAAAGGCCCAAUCCUACUCCUAUCCGACGUCCACAGUCUAUCCAUGUCCCCCAGAACCAUCAGCACCAGCACCCGCAACAGCAGACACAAAAGCCAAAUACGACCGUACCCCCUAAAACAUCAAAAUGUCCGAACCCAAGUUGUCCUGAUCCCAACAUAGUAGAGGACGAUGGACAAAAGGUCUGUGCCGGGUGUGGUACUGUUAUCAGCGAGUCCAAUAUCGUCUCAGAAGUUACAUUUGGCGAAGCUUCGUCAGGAGCUGCUAUCGUGCAAGGAACCUUUGUCGGUGCAGACCAGAGUCAUGGACGCAGCUUUGGACCUGGAUUCCAGCGUGGUGGUGGCAUAGAAAGUAGAGAGAUAACCGAGCAGAACGGAAAUCGAUAUAUUGCGCAGCUCUCCCGGGCUUUGAACAUCCCGGAAAGUGCCUCAAAAGCCGGAGGGCAAGUAUUCAAGCUUGCGGUAGGGCUUAACUUUAUCCAAGGACGUCGAACAAAGACCGUAGCUGCGGUAGCUCUUUAUAUUGCGUGUCGGCGUCAAGAUGGGAACACAGUCAUGUUGAUCGACUUUGCAGAUGUACUGAUGAUCAAUGUAUUCAAACUGGGUAGAGCAUACAAAGCACUACUUGAUGAGCUGAAGCUGGGGGGGAACCAUUUCAUCAUGAAUCCAAUCGACCCAGAAAGUUUGAUCUACCGAUUCUCAAAACAGCUAGAAUUUGGUCCUGCCAUGAUGCAGGUUGCCAGUGAGGCCGUCCGAAUCGUUCAGAGAAUGAACCGUGACUGGAUGAUUACUGGUAGACGACCGGCAGGCAUAUGCGGUGCUGCCCUUAUCCUGGCUGCACGGAUGAACAACUUCCGCCGUACUGUCCGUGAGGUAGUUUAUGUCGUCAAGGUUACGGAAUUAACCAUUCACCAACGCCUAAACGAGUUUAAAGCUACAGAAAGUGGUGGUCUGACCGUUGAUGAGUUCCGGUCUGUACAGUUAGAAACCUGCCACGACCCACCUUCUUUUUCACACUCCAAGGACAAGAAGGCUACAUUACAGGGCAAGAAAAGGAAAGCUGCUGAAGUGGAAGCCGGAGCUGAUGCCGGGCGGGAUCAAGCAUCUCUCAGGGUGGUCCAGACCAAAGCUCCUCGGGUUGACGCAGAUGGGUUUGCCAUCCCCGAAAUUCCCAUUGAUCCGGCUCUGCUAGCCUCCGAUAAGCAACAAGAGCCGUCCGAAAGCUCCGGUGCAGUUAACGAAUAUGGACUUCAAAAUGACGGGAAACGUUCCAGGCCUAAGGGCAGUAGAAGCGCCCCUUAUCCUGAACCUACGGAAUCCGAGCUGGCCUCGGAGUCUGCUCUGGAAGACGAGAUGACCGCCCUCUUGUCUUCAAAUUCCGACCUUGUCACCAGUACUGCCAAGCCAGUAACGGACACUACCAACACCGAAAUAACUCAACCUAAACCUACUGAUGAUGGCGAUAAAGAUGCCGAUCAUCAAAAUACCGAGCCAGAUGCAGAUACCGACGUCUCUACCACUCCACCUAAACCACAACAGCCGGUAUCAUCAGAUGUCGAAAUUAACCCCUUAGAAUUUGAGGACGACCCGGAAGUGCAAUUCUGCCUUCUAUCUCCAGCUGAAGUAGAAAUCAAAGAGCGAAUCUGGGUCCAUGAAAACAAAGACUACCUUCGUACACAGCAGGCAAAAGCGCUCCGAAAAGCUCUUGCUGAAGCUGGCUCAGAUCCAUCAAGAUCUGGCGCCCAUCGCCCACGAAAACGCCGCAAGGGCCGUAUAGGGGAUGUCACAUAUCUUUCGGGGGAAUCAAAGAAUGCAGACGGCGAGUCUGUGGCUGGAUCACGCGCCUCGACCCCAGCAGAAGCAACGAGGCUCAUGCUUGAAAGACGUGGAUUCAGCAAGAAGAUAAACUACCAGCUUUUUGAGCAGAUGUAUGGUGACAAUGACGAGGCAGCCAAUGAAGAAGGCGGAAGCAUCAUUACAGUCAAGAGGAAAGAUAGCGAAAGCGACGCCAGUCGCCGAAGCAGAAGUCGCAGCGUUAGCGUCAGCCGAAGUGUUCGCGGCUCAAGCAUCGCAUCUGAAGGAGGAGGCAUAUUUGGCGGACGGGCGUCAGGCAAUCGGUCGAAAUUACUGAAACCGAUCCGAACACCCGUGAAAUCCACCAUGAAAAAAUCUUCUGCUCCAGCAGUGGUGCCAGCUUCGACCAGUCCAAGCAAACCGGCUGUUGAACCUACAUCCAAGGAAAUCUCACAGCCGUCAGCCGUGCCUUCAGCUGAGUCUCAAAAGGUACCUAAAGCUGUCGCAGAAGUGACGGCUCCGGCGCCAGCUCCGGGACAGUUGAAGUCGCAGCAGCAGCCCACGGACCCCAACGAAGAGAUUCUAGGCUAUUUGCCUGAUGCCGAAGAGGAUCAGUUACCCGCCGGGACAGAGGAUAUAGAUGACGAGGAUGAAGAGGAAGAGGACGAGGAAGAGGAGGACGAUGGUGUCGAGGCUGCGUUUGCCGGCAAUUAUUAUGACGAAGGGAGUGAAGGAGGAUAUGACGAUGAUUAUUUCUAA